GCGGCGCGGCGCGGCGCGCGGGGGGCGGGCGCGGGGGGCGGGCGGGGGCCCCCGGCGGGCUCCAGAUGGCAAUGUCUCUGGUCGGAGCGUGCCGCAGCCUGGCCCUCUCAACAUGGCUGCUGUCCUUUUGUUUCGUGCAUCUGCUGUGCCUGGACUUCACCGUGGCCGAGAAGGAGGAGUGGUACACCGCCUUCGUGAACAUCACCUACACGGAGCCCGCGCCGCGGCCCGAGCUGCGCACCGAGAAGACCGAGUGCGGGCGCUACGGGGAGCACUCGCCCAAGCAGGACGCCCGCGGCCAGGUGGUGCUGGCCAGCCCGGCCCACGACCGCCUGGCCUGCGACCCCAACACCAAGUUCGCCGCGCCGGCCGGCGGCCAGAGCUGGAUCGCGCUCAUCCCCAAGGGCAACUGCACGUACCGGGAGAAGAUCCGGAACGCGUUCCUGCAGAACGCCUCGGCCGUGGUCAUCUUCAACGUGGGCUCCAGCACCAACGAGACCAUCACCAUGUCCCACGCGGGUGUAGAAGACAUCGUGGCAAUCAUGAUUCCUGAGCCCAAAGGGAGGGAGUUGGUCAGCCUGCUGGACAGGAAUGUCACCGUGACCAUGUACAUCACCAUCGGCACUCGCAACCUGCAGAAGUACGUGAGCCGCACCUCAGUGGUGUUUGUCUCCAUCUCCUUCAUCGUCCUCAUGAUCAUCUCCCUCGCCUGGCUGGUCUUUUAUUAUAUCCAGAGAUUCCGAUAUGCUAAUGCCAGAGAUAGGAACCAGCGCCGCCUGGGAGACGCGGCCAAGAAGGCCAUCAGCAAGCUCCAGGUCAGGACCAUCAAGAAGGGGGACAAGGAGACUGAGCCCGACUUUGACAACUGCGCGGUCUGCAUCGAAGGGUACAAGCCCAACGACGUGGUCCGGAUCCUGCCCUGUCGGCAUCUUUUCCACAAGUCCUGCGUUGACCCCUGGCUCCUAGACCACCGCACCUGCCCCAUGUGCAAGAUGAACAUUCUUAAAGCCCUGGGGAUCCCGCCCAACGCCGACUGCAUGGACGACCUGCCCACGGACUUCGAGGGGUCCCUGGGAGGGCCCCCGACCAACCAGAUCACAGGCGCCAGCGACACCACCGUGAACGAGAGCUCAGUCACUUUGGACCCUGCGGUCCGGACUGUGGGAGCCUUGCAGGUGGUUCCAGACAGUGACCCCAACCCGCAGGAGGGAGAAGUUCUCUUCACCGGCAACAGCGAGCAGGAGCCCGCGGUCAGCAGCGACUCCGACAUCUCCCUCAUCAUGGCCAUGGAGGUCGGCCUGUCCGACGUGGAGCUCUCCACGGACCCCGACUGCGAAGAGGUGAAAUCUUGAACCGACAGGUGUCCAAGAGAAGGUGAUCGGACUCCAGGGGACGGGAAGGAGGAGCGGCCCGAGAUGGGCCCUUGGGCACCUGGACCUCCAAAACACCUUGGAAACCCCAGGGCUCUCCACUCCGGAACGGUCCCCAAAAGCAAUAUCCAAAGUCGCAUUGGU